AUGGAAUUAAAUUCGAUUUUAUCUUGUCUUGCAGACAGAGAUAAAUUAUCACGAUCACAAAGCUUUUGGGAUGACUACGUCAAGAUGUCAAAUGCCAUUGUUGAGAAUCUUAAUAUCAACCAUCAACUGAAAAAUGAAGUUCCUGAAUUAAAGAACAAAGUUGAACAAUUAACAAACGAAAUUAAUAGUAACUCACAAUCAGCACAACUUAAGAGAGAAAUUAAUGGUGUUCAGCAAUCGAUUUCCGAAAUCAGAGAACAAUUCGAUUUAGAAGAAACAAAUAUGAAAUUGAUUGCAGAAGAAUUCACACAAUCACGAAACGAGAAAAACAAAAUCGAAAAGGAAGUUAAAGAAUUCGAAGAUAAAAACACAAAAUUAAAAGAAAAUACGAAAUUGCUUGAAGAAGAGAAGAAUACAAAACUCAAAGAAGUUUCAUUCAGAAGGGAUGGUCUUACUGGUAUGCAGAAAAGAUACACAGAUCUCAUGAAUCAUCGUGAACAAAUUACAAUGGAGCUCUUAAAGAGCAAAGAGAUCGAAAUGAACCUCAGAAACGAAGACUACGUCAAAUCCGAUGCUCCAGAAGUCGAUACUUCUAAGUUCAAAGUCGAUAUUCCGAACGUGAAAUCUUCAAAUUCGCCAGAAGACACUUCCUCGCAUGAAGAAUUCCUUCUUAACCAGAACUUCAUCAAGAACCUUCAACUGGAAGCCCAUCCAACAAAGCAAAGUGGCACAAUUACCUCUCUUUGCUUUGCAAAUACACAACCUUUGUUUGCAUCAGGUUCAGAAGACAACUCUGUAAUUGUAGUACGUGCAGAUAACAAUAGUAAGAUCGCUGCCCUUAACGAUUCCUCGAAAACUAUCAUGUCAAUCAAAUUUUCUCCAUCAGAUAAAUUUUUGAUGGCGGCAAGUUACGACGGAUCGGUUCGUUUUUACAAGAUUCCUGAUUUCAGGUUUGUUAUCUGCAAUUCCGAUAACAGGGAAUGCGUCAACGAUGCAGUUUUCAUUACAGAUGACAAAUUUGUUACAUGUUGUCGCAACCAAUCGAUCAAACUAUUCGAUAUACAGCGAUCCGCACCCGUUAACACCAUUAUUUCGUCGUCCACGCCUAACUCCAUCAUUCCUUUGCAAGGAGAGUCAUUAGUCAUCACAGGACAUUAUGAUGGCUACAUCAGGGGAUAUGAUUUGAGAUCAUCACAGCAUGUAUUCGAAAUAAAGUCGCAUAAACAGCCAGUUAUACAGGUUUGUGGCCGACAGGGAGCUUCGAAAAUCAUGUCUAUAUCAUGUGAUAAAACUAUUGCAUCCAUUGACUUGAAAGAGACAUCUGUUGUUGGAUCAGUAAACUUCCACAGAGCUGGAUUACCUUCUGAGAAAAUACAGAUGGCUAUGGUCGAUGGAGAUGCAAUAAUUGGCUCUACAACAGGUGACAUCUAUGAGUACGAUUUAUCUAAUUUCAAACUUAGAGGAACUUCAAAAGCUCACGAUCAUCCUGUUUAUUGUGUAGCUGCAAGUCAGACUUAUGGUUUGUUGGCUACAGGAGAUAGAGACGGAGUUGUGAAAUUCUGGAACUCUAAAUCAGGUAGUAAAUUCUCUGCUUAA